AAGGUAUUUGUUUAAUUCGCAAUAUUUUUUUUCAGAGGAAUAGCUGUAGGUAUCUACACAACAAACUCCGCUGAGGCAUGUUAUUACUGUGUAGAAAGCAGUAAUGCCAAUAUAGUAGUUGUAGAAGAUGAAAAGCAGCUGGAAAAAAUUCUAUCAGUUCGUUCAAGGCUGCCAAACGUCAAGACUAUCGUGCAAUAUACGGGAGAACCCCCAAACCAUCCAGAUAUUAUCAGUUGGAAGAGAUUAAUGGAAAUUGGUGAACAGCAGACAGAUGAUUUAUUAGAGGAUGCGUUGAAGCAUAUUGGUAUUAAUCAAUGUUGCACGCUGGUUUAUACGUCGGGAACUGUUGGAAACCCCAAGGGAGUGAUGCUGAGUCACGAUAACUUCACCUGGGAUGCACUGGCGAUCUUGGAGAGACUGAGAAUUCAGAAGGGAACGAACGAAACCCUAGUGAGUUAUCUUCCCCUCAGUCAUGUCGCAGCUCAAACGGUCGACAUAUACAUCGCUAUAUUGGCUGCUGGAGCUAUAUAUUUCGCAGAUAAGGAUGCGUUGAAAGGGAGCCUGGUGGAUACCCUCAAAGAGGUCCAACCUACUAAGUUCUUGGGAGUUCCGCGAGUCUACGAGAAGAUCUACGAAAAGAUGAUGCAGGUAGCUGGUCAAAACGGAUAUUUGAAGAGAGCCAUUGCCUCGUGGGCUAAGGGACAAGCUUUGCAGCAUCAUCUUGAUGCGAUGGAUGGGAUAAAGUCAAAUUCGUAUGGAUAUCGACUGGCCACCUCGUUGAUAUUCUCAAAGAUCAAAGAGGCCCUUGGCUUCAGACGCUGCACUUUCUACGCUACUGCCGCAGCUCCGUUAGCCAACGACAUCAAAAAGUACUUCUGCAGCAUCGACAUACCGAUAAUGGAUUGUUUCGGAAUGUCCGAGGCCAGCGGCGCGCAUACGAUCUGUAUUGAGGGCGCUACCAACUUGGAUACCAUCGGUAUGCCCUUACCAGGGGUGAAAACGAAACUCUUCAAUGAAGAAAACGGACAGGGCGAGAUUUGCAUGUACGGCAGGCACGUUUUCAUGGGAUAUUUGAACGAGCUUGAAAAGACGGCGGAGACUUUGGAUAGCGAUGGGUGGCUGCAUACCGGUGAUUUAGGUCGAAUUGAUGAGAAAGGGUUCGUGUACAUCACAGGCAGACUGAAAGAACUUCUCGUAACGGCAGGUGGGGAGAACAUUCCUCCCGUCCCCAUAGAACAACAAGUCAAAGCUGAAUUACCUCAAAUCAGCAACGCCUUCUUGGUGGGCGACAAAAGAAAAUUCCUUUCCGUGCUUCUUACUCUGAAAACAGAAGUGGAUCCCGAUACUGGUGCCCCCAAUGACAAAUUACUCUGGUCUGUUCGGCAAUGGCUGAGCAGUCUGGGAUGCCCAGCAGAAACCGUGAAGGAAGUAUUGGCAGGCGGUCCAGAUAAGAAACUUCUGGAUGCGUUGAACGAAGGUAUCGAAAGGGUGAAUAGGCAGGCUACCUCUAACGCGCAGAGGAUAAGAAAGUUGGCUGUUCUGCCGGCUGAUUUUUCCAUACCUACAGGAGAAUUAGGUCCUACCAUGAAAGUGAAGAGAAGAAUUGUCGAACAGAAAUAUUCAGAUAUCAUAGAAAAAAUAUACGCUUAAGCGAUGGGAACACUUGUUAAUAUAAAUAAACAUUGUAAUAUUUGGAUACGAAACAGGUGAAAAUUAUAUUUGCAAUAAAGUUAUUUUUUCGUUA